UCCGGUCGGCUGCGGGGUAAACUCCAACCUCGGCGGGGCUCAAGCUCGUCCCAUUGUCACAAGAGCCUUGCAGCUUAAUCAGGCAAGUGUCGUCAGAACCCGGAACGCAGGGCGUAGGGCGUAUUUAGUGAACCUGGACCCACAUCAGCUUGCGUCGACUCCAUCGCGUGUUUUCGAACUUUCUUCUUCAUCCGGUCACGCAUCAGUUACCCCUCAUAGGCCACAGCACAAGGUUCCAACCUACAAGUCGACUAUCAAGGCAACAUGUCGACAGAUACGAUGAAAGCUGUGGUGUUCCGAGGACCGGGUAAGAUCACUAUCGAGGAUCGACCAAUUCCUAGAAUCAAGGAUGACGGCGAUAUCAUUGUCAAAGUGGACAAGACAGCACUAUGUGGCAGUGAAUUGCACGUCUUCCGAGGCCAUCAGCCAUCUGGGACCGACUUCAUCAUGGGUCACGAAUUCACCGGACACGUUCAUGAGCUCGGUUCGUCAGUCAAGUCUGUCAAAGUGGGCGACCGAGUCGUUUCGCCAUUUACAACGUCCUGUGGAGAGUGCUUCUACUGCCAGCACGGAUUCUCCUCACGAUGCACCAAGUCCCUGCUCUUUGGCUCAACCGUCUUGGAUGGCGCACAGGCACAAUAUGUCCGUGUACCAACAGCAGAUGCCACCGUCAUGAAAGCACCUCCUAACAUCAAGGAUGAAGCCCUGGUUCUUAUGGCUGAUAUCUUCCCCACCGGCAUGUUUGCAGCCAAGAACGGCUUCAAGCACUCCACCCCCGAAGAGAUCAAGGACAGCGUUGUGGUCCUCAUCGGCUGUGGUCCAGUAGCUCUCUGUGCCCUCUGCAACAUCACAGACUACAAACCGAAGCACAUCCUCGCUGUCGACUCUGUGCCUUCACGUCUCGAGCUUGCCAAAUCUCUCGGCGCUGAACCUUGGAACUUCCAGACUGACCGCGAGGGUCUGAACAAGCGUGUCAAGGAGCUCACCGAUGGACGAGGCGCGGACAUAGUCAUCGAAGUGGUUGGUCUUUCACCAGCGUUGAGGAUGGGCUUCGAGCUGCUGAGACCUUGGGGUGUCAUCUCGAGUGUGGGUGUUCACAAUGGCGAGAUCCCGUGGACGGGCAAUGAGGCGUACGGCAAGAAUUUGAGGGUGCAAAUGGGACGUUGUCCCGUCAGGACACUUUUUGCCGAAGCGCUUGAGAGUCUGGAGAGACACCAGGACAAGCUUGGAUUCAUGGCUGACAAGAUCAUGCCAUUGAGCGAAGCUGUCGAAGGCUAUGAUAUCUUCGACAAGAUGAAGGUACAAAAGGUCGUCUUCGAGGCACAAAAGUGAUUGGAUCGAUAG